AUGUCUGGCGCAAGGCACUGGGAGCAAGACAAGGAUUCGACGAUCUACAUCGGGAAUCUUGACGAGCGAGUCACAGAUGCUCUGGUAUGGGAACUGUUUCUCCAAGCAGGUCGCAUUGUCAACGUACAUCUACCGAAAGACAGAGUCACCCAGAGUCACCAAGGCUAUGGUUUCGUCGAAUUCAACUCAGAAGAAGACGCAGAGUAUGCCGCCAGGGUUAUGAACCAAGUGAGGUUAUAUGGCAAGCCCGUUCGAGUCAAUAAGGCCAGCGCCGACAAGCAGAAAUCUGUUGAAGUCGGUGCAGAGUUAUUUGUCGGCAACCUGGACCCUAUGGUGGACGAAAGAAUGCUAUAUGACACAUUCGGCCGAUUUGGUACCCUGGUCGCCGCUCCAAAGAUCGCUCGCGAUGACAACAAUCUGUCAAAAGGCUAUGGCUUCGUAUCCUUCGCCAAUUUCGAAGCUUCCGACGACGCUAUCGCAAACAUGAACGGCCAAUACCUCAUGAACAAAGAGGUCUCAGUUCAGUACGCUUACAAGAAGGACGGCAAAGGCGAGAGACAUGGAGAUCAAGCCGAAAGAAUGCUUGCCGCCCAAGCCAAAGCUCAUGGUGUGCAACCUACCCCCGCCACAAUCCCUGUCGGAGGUCCAAUGUUUGGCGGCAUGCCUCAGACUCCUGUCACUCCUGCUGGCUUCGGACCACCAAAUGGCAGCUACCAAGCUGUGCCACCACCUGCCCAAGCACGGCCUCCUCCGCCACAGACUGCUCCUCUACCAGCACCUCCAGGUGGCCUGCCAGCAAGACCUCCUCCGAGCCAGGCAGGUUAUGGUGGACCGCAAGGGUUUAUGCCUCCAGGAUACGGCCAGAUGCCUGCAGGCUUUCCACAACAACAACCAAACGGCCUACCGCCCGGUUUCGCUCCUCCUCCAGGUUUCGGUGGUCCUCAAGCUGCCCCCAUGCCGCAAGCUCCUCCUGUCGGACCACCAGGAGGCUUCUCUGGCUAUGGUAUUCGUAAAUAA